CCUUUUUAAAUUUGUAUGAUACUGGGAAGGAAUGACUAUUUUCUUAAACAGGAAAAUGCCACUUAUCUCUGUUACAGAAUUUAUAUUACUAGUGUGACAUUUAGUAGUGUACCGGCAUUUACAUGUGUUCCAUCCUCCCUCCUGCUGUUCUCCAAGUUGGAGUGCUUAAUACAGUUGGUGAGAGCUGGAGCCACGCUGGAUGUCUCCACCACGCGGUACGCGCAGACCCCGGCCCACAUCGCCGCUUUUGGGGGACAUCCUCAGUGCCUCGUCUGGUUGAUUCAAGCAGGAGCCAGCAUUAACAAACCGGACUGUGAGGGUGAGACUCCUAUUCACAAAGCGGCUCGCUCUGGGAGCCUGGACUGCAUCAGUGCCCUGGUGGCUAACGGGGCUCAUGUCAACCUGAGAAAUGCCAGUGGCCUGACGGCAGCAGACAUUGCUCAAACCCAGGGUUUCCAAGAGUGUGCCCAGUUUCUCUUGAACCUCCAGAAUUGUCAUCUGACCCGUUUCUGUGAUAACGGCCCCUUAAACGGGGGCCGUCCGAAUUUACUUACUAGCCACGUUAGUGUGGGAGCAAAUCGCAAGCGAUGCUUGGAAGAUCCGGAGCCCUUUGGAGUGAAGAAGGCGAGAACCACAGCUCAAAGCUCGGAAGACUCCAUGCCAGUCGUGAACGGCGAGGCAGAAGACGAUGCUGACAAGAUGCUCGUCGAUAGAGAGUUUGCUGUUGUAACAGAUAUGAAAAACAGUAGCUCCGUAUCGAAUACAGUGACUAAUGGAUGUGUCAUCAAUGGACAUUUGGACUUCCCCUGCUCGACACAGCUCAGUGGGAUGGAAAGCAGGAAUGACCAGUGCUUAACAGGACCUAACGGAAUUGGCAGUGGGUUAGUUCCAGGACCGCCAUUUCCGCGUAGCGGGGGCUCCCCCGGUGUCAGUGGGGCGGAGGAGCCAGAGAAGAUGGUGAGCGCCAGCGCCGAGAUGUGCGGGUCCCUGCACCUGAACGGGAGUCCGAGCAGCUGCGUGGCCAGCAGACCUUCCUGGGUGGAAGACAUAGGGGAGAAUCUGCACUACGGACACUACCACGGCUUUGGGGACACUGCCGAGAGCAUCCCCGAGCUGAGCAGCGUCACGGAGCACUCCCGCUCCGUGGAGGUGGAGGAGGGGUACGCCAGCGCCGUGCUGGGCGCCGCGCACCUGUACCACGGCUCCUAGGCCGCGCCGGCCGCCGCGAGGGGCGCCCCCGCCCGGCUGCUUCUGUCCCUGCGCCUUCGGGCGGAGCGAGCUCUCGCGUGGCGGUCCCCGUGAGCCCUCGUGGGAGGGGCGGCGCUGCGUCGGGGCGCGGGGGUCCUUCCGCGGGGUAGUGGGCCUCUUUCAGGACGCACUUUCGGAAUUUAGUUUUUCUGCUGUCAGUCUCAACAUUUCCUUUCGCACAGUGUCACCGUAAGUUGUCAUUUCUCCUUUGUCCACUUAAGUUGUAUCUCAUCAGGAUAAAUUGGAGGCAGUAUAUGAGAUGCUUGGUAAUUGACCCAAACGGCACAGCGGCAUCGUUUUGGUAAGCUUGCUUUGACUCUUCCCUGUGGAGUUUCGACAGAGGACAGAGAUUUCCCUAUGCAAGGUACAGCUUUAGAAAGAUUUCUCGCAGUGAUUUGUACGGAGAAAAGAACGUUUGUCUUUUUCCAAGUCUUCAUUGAGACUUGGCUGCUGGCCGUGUGGUGACGGUCUCACCUGUAGACGCAGUGUUCGGGGGCGUGAGUGGCCCCUUCCCCACGGGGCGGCUGCUGCGCUGGAUUUCACUGGCAGCGCGCAGCCGGGGACUGACUGCUGGCGGAGGCGUUCUUGCUCCACAGGUCCUGCUUGGUCUCUAGGGCCUUUACCGCAGGGAGCGGCUGCCUCUAUGGGCCGUGGACGUUGCUCUUUGCAGGGACUGUCAGGUCGACACAUUUAACUGACUCUUUUGACUCAUGUUUUCUUCUUUCCUUGUUUUUGUUUUCUGGGGGGUUUCUGCUUUUAAAUAUAUACCACUCCGUAUAUCCAGUUAACUGAGAGAAUUUUGGGUCUCUCAUAAUAAAACCGCAGUAAGUUUGUGGUUUUAAAGCAGUUAGCUUCUGUUUAGGCAACUAGUGGUCACACUGCGCAGAUAGUGCCGUGGGUUUCUACUUUUCUGAUUUUUGUAAUAAAAAUUGGUGACAAUAGAGAAAAUGUCAAGUGAACAAACCAAUGUUCUCCGAGUGCUACUAACAUUUUGUUUUUAAACUGUUCUUUACAAAUUGAAUAAAAACUCUCACACUUGG